AUGAAACAGCGUAUCCCGUAUUACCCCGAGACCGGUACGUCUUGUAUAACCGACUCCACUGGCACGGCGCACAUGCCGAUGAAGAGCAUCCCAAAGCAGCCUGAUUGGCCGGAAUCCGGCGCUGCGGAGUCCAGAGUUCGCUAUUACCAGCACGCCCAUUGGUCUGUGGUCAUUGCGGCAAGGGCGCCAUCCCGGAUGUGGAUGGCCGUGCAGGAGGGCAAAAGAGGAGCAGCUGCGAAAACUCUGAGAGCCAUUGCAAGAAGCCCACUCCGGGCUGGACUGAACCCCAAACGGUGUGAUACCGCAGUCUCGUGGACGGAUGUGGAGGAGCGACAAGGGGGCGUGCCCCGAAACGGCGGAGCGGAGAUCGAGUCUGGUGGAGCUGGCAAGCACUAG